AUGGACGUGCAGUCUGUCACAGAGCUGGAAAUAUUGGAAGAGAACUUUUCGUCUGCGAAGUUUCCCGAGCCGGAGGUCAUCGAAGUGCUGCCUGAGGAACAAUUUAACAGCAGCCGUCCUGAAGCACCAAAAGAGACAAUUAAGCAGCAAAAGUUGAGCUCGUUGUCACAAAAAGACGAGGUUGAGCCAAUCAUCGCCCAGCAGGGGGAUUCUUGCUCAGUCAAUGGCCAGCCAAGAAAACAGAACAACCAGUUGCUGCUGCCAGAGAUACACGACGACUGCUUCCUGGCAGAGCAAGCCAUUAUCGAGGCUCUGAUCCAAGAAGAGGUCAAAGAAAGAGUUAAAAAAAACCCAAAAAGUGUUGUCCAUUUCAGUGAUGGUGAUAAGAUUAGCACCUCUACCAUCAGCAGCUUUGGGUUUCCAAACAUUGGGAUGAGCUGCUACAUGAACUCCAGCCUGCAGAGUCUCCUGACACUCGAGAACUUCGUCAGGGACAUCAGCUGCCAGGAGGAAGUUUGGAAUUCAGUCCCUGAGGCUCGACUGUUGAGAAGCUUCAUGGCAAUCAGAGAUGCCCGCGCCUCCACCGACAGCAAAAGACACCUCAUGUGCUCUUUUAAGGAGGUCGUCUCAGUCCAGGCGCCUGAGUUUAGAGACGGUCAGCAAAAAGACGCUCAUGAAUUCCUGACCACGGUCCUGGACCAGAUGAGGAGUCUGUCCCCUGUGCUGCAGGACAUUGCAGCCUGCAACAGUAGAAGAUACACCUGCCCUGUAGAAAAUCACCUGGUGUUCAAGCUGGAAAACACCAGGACAUGCAAGAGGUAAACCCAUAGAGAAA